GAACAGACUAGUGGGGUCUCCCCACCAAGCAGCUUUCCAAGCUCAGUCGAGCUGCGCGAAAAGGAUCCGAUCAUCUGUGAAAUAAAAUACAUACAAUUUAACUCUGGUUGCGUACUCGGUUUAUUUCUAACCUUGCAUAAUGCUGACAGGAAUUCGAAUUUACUGGUAAAAUGUCAAAACGUUGGGGUAGCGACUAUGUGGUCACGGAGCAUCGCGAUUUACAGGCUAAUACUAUGGCCGUGGACGCGACUGGUAAUUACGUAUUACUUGCUGGACGUCGGUAUUUCGCAGUGAAACAUCUAGAUGAAGGUGCUGAUACCUUAAAAAAAUUUCAAAGACAAAGCAAAUACGAAGUUGGCUCGGCUGAAUGGAAUCCUACAAGUACAAAUUCUCACCUGUGUGCUGUAUCGAGUAAUACACGUAUCGAAAUAUUAUCUCUUAAUGGAGUUGGCUGUUAUGACUUACAAACAACAAAUAGUCUUAAAGCACAUACAAGAGUAGUAAGUGACUUAAACUGGCAUCCUAAGGAACCAGAUAUUGUUGCUUCUUGUAGUAUUGAUACAUUUAUACAUAUUUGGGAUGUAAGGGAUCAAAGAAGGCCUUGUUUAUCUUUGUCUGCAGUAGCUGGUUCUUCCCAAGUAAGAUGGAAUGCUUUAUCUCCUAACAUGUUAGCUACGGCUCAUGAUGGGGACAUUAAAAUAUGGGAUCAACGAAAAGGAAAUAGCCCUAUGCAGUAUAUAGCUGCUCACUUAACAAAAAUACAUGGUUUAGAUUGGUGUCCAUUCCAACAAAAUCAACUGGCUACUUCUAGUCAAGAUUGCACAGUGAAAAUCUUUGAUAUUAGUAAUCCACGUAGAGCAGAGAGCAUUUUGACAACAAAUUCACCAGUGUGGAGGGCUAGAUAUACGCCAUUUGGGGAGGGAUUGGUAACAAUAGUAGUACCGCAAUUACGACGAGGAGAGAAUAGUCUGUUAUUAUGGAACAUAACGAACCUCAGUGCACCUAUUUAUACUUUUGUAGGACAUACUGAUGUUGUUCUUGAGUUUCAAUGGAGGCAUCAAAAAUUAGAAAAUAGUGAUUUUGAAUUGAUUACUUGGUCAAAAGAUCAAUGUUUAAGGAUAUAUAAAAUUGAUCCCAUUUUAAAAAAAUUAUGUGGACAUGGCAUAGAUGAUAAUACAUCUAUUUAUACUCAGUAUUCUGAAGAUAAUAAUAUAAGAACAUUACAAUCCGUCCAGCAACUGCAACUUAACGAUACUCAAAAUGAUCGCGAAGUGAGUUGUAUAACAACAAAAGUAGAUGAACCGACAUUGAAUUCUGAAUCAGAUACAUAUAUCGAAAAUAAUAAAGAAAUAUCGUCUCCUACACAACCAAAGACCUUGCAGCAAGAAUUCUCUUUGAUAAAUAUGAAUAUACCCAAUAUAGAGGUUAAUGAAAUGGAUGCUGUAGAACGUAGUUGUACUGUAACAGCAUCCAACAAAAGUUACAAUGUGAUAUUAAAAGUAAAUUUCCCUCCAAAUUAUCCAUACAGUGCACAACCCACAUUUCAGUUUUGUCCUGGAACAACAAUUGAUAAUACAACAAUGACGAAAUUAUUAAAAGUUUUAAAACAGACUGCUCAGCAGCGUGUUAAAAAGAACAGAUCAUGUUUAGAACCCUGCCUUAGACAAUUAAUUACAACUUUAGAGCAAACAUGUAAAAAGGACGAAAAUGAAAGUAGUCAUUUAGGAUACGACAUUCAGGAUAAUGCAAAUUUCUUAGGUUCUUCUAACAUAUACACUAAUUAUCAAGAUGCCAAUAUACCGUUUCCUAGAACUUCUGGUGCUAAAUUUUGUUGUGUGGGAAUACUUGUAUGUUUUGGUCGCGCUUCGUACACCAGAAGGUCAUCAAUGAAACCUGAAAAUACCACACCUAGAGCACUUUCUGCUUUAGGAAAUGGGAUUGGCAAUGGAGAACACUUUAUACACAUGUAUUCGAACUCCUAUGUACAGUCGAAUGAUAACAUUCCUAUAAGUUCGUUUUAUUUUCAAGAUCGUGUAAGUGGUAGUGACUUUGAUGAAGAUCAUGAAAGUAAAAUAAGUCGAGGAUUACACAAUACGAACAGAAUGACCUACAGGUCAUGUUGUAAAAAUUAUCAUUUUAUGGUAAUAAUAUAUGAUGCCUCGUCAUUAUUUUUCGUUAACAAAGAGCUAGCUGAGAAAUAUGUCAUUAAUAUUACUGACAUCCCAGCAAUGUGUCAAUAUAAUGCAAAUAUUGCCGCGGCACUAGAACGUCCAGAUUUAGUUCAGGCAUGGUGUUUGGCUGCUCUCGUUAUUUCACAGCCAGUUGCGAACGUGGGACAAAAUUCUUGUCAGUCACCUGAUAUCGAUGCCCCAUGGCCUUUACAUCCUUUUGGUCAAAAUUUGAUUCAUUCCUUGAUACAGCAUUAUGCCAAUCAGUCAGAUAUUCAAAUGGCAGGUAUGCUGAGUUGUGCAUUUAGUUAUCGUUCGGAAAAUCCUGAUAUUUCUCAAACACGACUAAGUAGCAAAUCUAUCAACGUUAGUAGGCUUUCUACAGGAAAGUGGUGGUUGAAGCCUGGUGGUUCGCCGUAUCAUACAAUUCACUUAGCGGAUACCACAUUGGAAGGAUGGAAUUUUCAGAAUUUGAAACAACACCGAUCGAACUCGUGGUCUGAUUCAUUAGAUGAUUUAAAGUUAAUUCAAGAUUCGUUUGGGGAUUCUGUAAAAAGUAUUAGAUUGCUCGACGAAAAAUAUACUACUCUUUAUGAUGGAUACAAAAAAGCAUAUGCAGAAGUAUUACACAGAUGGAGACUAUUGGAUGCGCGUGCACAAGUAUUAAAACACGUGAGUGCAACUCCGUUGGACACGCACAAAGGUGUUGAGUUUCAAAGCGAGUGCCAAAUGUGUGGUAAAGUUAGCAGAGGACCUCAAUGUAUAAGCUGCAAACGAUUAGCUUUAGAAUGUGUAAUUUGUCAUAUUUCCGUGAGAGGUCCAAGUAACUUCUGUGUUUUCUGUGGACAUGGAGGACACACACAGCAUUUAGCAAAAUGGUUCAGUAGCGAAACACUAUGUCCAACAGGCUGUGGAUGCUAUUGCUUACAGGAAAGUUCUACCUUAUUAAAAUUGUAAAUAAAAAAAAAUAAGAAGUGUACAUAAUCGCGAUGAAAAGUAAUGAAUGUUAUGACAGGAU